AUGUCCAAGACCAUCAUCGUUACCGGUGCCUCGAGAGGAAUCGGCCUCGCCAUCACGAAAUACCUCCUCACGGCACCCCAAUCCCACAAUGUUGUCGUGAUCGCCCGCAGCCGUGAACCUCUCGAGAAGCUUAAGGAGCAAUACAGCAAGCAAGUCGAGGUGCUCAAUGGCGACCUGGCUGACUUCUCCAUCGGUCAGAAGGCCGUGGACCUGGCUCUCAGGUCCUUCGGUCGUCUGGACGGCAUGGUCCUCAACCACGGCAUGCUUGGACAAGUAGGCAAGGUCAAGGACGCGGAUUUCGAGCAGUGGAAGCACGGAUUCGACGUGAACUUUAUCAGUCUUGUUGCUUUUAUCAAGGCCGGUCUUCCCGCCCUCCGUGAAUCCAAGGGAAAAAUCAUCUUCACUUCGUCGGGUGCUGCCGUCUCUGCCUACAGGGGCUGGGCUCUCUACGGUGCGACGAAGGCGGCCAUGAACCAUCUCGCCUUGAGCUUGGGAGAGGAAGAACCCGAGGUUACUACAAUUUCGAUCAGGCCUGGCAUGGUUGACACCGAGAUGCAGCGGGAGCUACGCGAGGACCAUGCUACGACCUUGGAGCCGCAGAUGCAUGCCAAGUUUACGACGGUCCACAAGGAGGGCAAGCUCCUCAAGCCAGAGCAGCCGGGUCAUGUUAUGGCCAAGCUGGUUUUGGACGCUCCUAACGAGCUUACUGGGAAGUUCUUCACGUGGAACGACAAGGCUCUGGAGGCAUUCCAGGCGUAG